CUAACUUAAUAUAAUAUGGGAUGUUGUUAGGAUCGAAUUAAUGUGACUCUUAAGGCAAAUGAAAUAAAACCCUUAGCGAAGGCACCCAUAAUCUUUCACCCUCAUAAGGGAUAGAGUAUGGAACCAAUGAAAAUUUCAAUCAUUGGAGAUAUGGAUUAAAUGGAGAUCUAUGACGACUUCCCUUCAGCCAUGCCCUCUAUAACAUAAAUCGAUCAAAAGAUGACAUCAAAAUUAAUCUUCUCACGCGAGUUCAAGGAAACCAAAGAAUUGGUAACAAUAUGUCAGCUAUCGUUUUUAGAAAUCGACGUCAAUUUCUGAAACUGUUAUAAUAGAUUUGAGAUCAGCUUCAUACCUCUAAAGCCCUCUCAAACCAAUAACGGAAAGAAGAUCGAGCAAAAAUUUAAAUUAAAAGUUCAUAGGGAUGCUUUGA